AUGGUGGACCUCAAAGGUUCCCGGACGCUCGCACACUUCCGCAGUCAGAGCCGCGUCCAGUGGGGGAUCCCCGGCACGCAGUGCCACGCGCAGCCCGCGGGACAAUGGGAUUAUUUCCGGAGGGAGAGGCUGCCUCGGGCCGGGGCUCAGGCGGCCGUGCCUCCUUCCCUCAAUCCGUCCCUCGGCACACUGGAGCGCCUGCGGCGGCCAGGGACGAGUACCAGAGCGGGCGCGGGUGGCGCACGGGUGGCAGGGCCGGGCCCGCCUAAUUCAAUUAACCGGGCGGCUGCCGCAUCCGCGCAGCGCCUGGCCUGCGGGGCGCCCGCCCGGGCAGCUGUUCUUUGUGCGCGGAGCCCAUGCAUAUGGAUACUGUCCCGCUCGGGUCUCCCGUCGGCGUUCCCUUUCCGGCACCUGCGGCUCCCUCGCCUCUCAGAGAAGGCGCCUGGCCUCACUAGCAAAGUUGGAAAAUGCGUGUGGCGGCUUGUGGUUGCGCGUGGAGGGUCUGCGUGGAAGAGAAUGUACCUCGUAGAUGCGUUUCUUGGUUCAUGGAGGAGGCAAGACCCCAGCGUCCAGGACUUCUCAUCCUGCCGACUGGUUCAAGCUAGCGCUGUUCUUUGGUUCCAGGACAGCCUGGCUGCGUGGGACUCAGUGGAUGCCUACCCACUUCUGCUUCUCGGUCUCCGAUCUCAGUCCCUCAGUCUCUGGCUCCUGCAUAUGUCUCGGCUCCGGACCUCCCUCUCCCCCUUCCUGCCCCUCCCCCGCGCUGUCAUUCACCCCGCUCCUCUCCGCGCGCAGCCAAUGGAGAGACCCGGCCAAAACGGCUCGGCUCGCUCGCACCGGGCUUUUUCGCCCGCUCUCCCUGAGCACUUCGCCUCCAAGUUUCUGCACAGCCGCCGCCGCCGCCACCUCUGCGCCCCUGUGCGCUGCCCCCUAGCCCAGCGCCGCGAGCGCUGUCGCUCGCCCCCCCCCCUCCGGGGGGUCGGGGCCGGCAUGGAGCACCUGGUGCCCGCACACAGGCCACUCGCCGGAGCCGUGGCCCACCCACAGUCCCUGGCCACUGGCUUACCCACCGUGCCCUCCGUGCCUGCCGUGCCAGGAGUCAACAACCUCACCGGCCUCACCUUUCCCUGGAUGGAGAGUAACCGCAGAUACACAAAGGACAGGUUUACAGGUCACCCCUAUCAGAACCGGACGCCCCCUAAGAAGAAGAAGCCGCGCACGUCCUUCACGCGCCUGCAGAUCUGCGAGCUGGAGAAGCGCUUUCAUCGCCAGAAGUACCUGGCCUCGGCCGAGCGCGCCGCCCUGGCCAAGGCCCUCAAAAUGACCGACGCGCAGGUCAAGACCUGGUUCCAGAACCGGCGGACGAAGUGGAGGCGGCAGACGGCGGAAGAACGCGAGGCCGAGAGGCAGCAGGCGAACCGCAUCCUCUUGCAGCUGCAACAAGAGGCUUUCCAGAAGAGCCUGGCGCAACCGCUGCCCGCCGACCCGCUGUGCGUGCACAACUCGUCACUCUUCGCCCUGCAGAACCUGCAGCCGUGGUCUGAUGACUCCACCAAGAUCACCAGCGUCACGUCCGUGGCUUCGGCCUGCGAAUGA